AUGUUCAUCAUCUUUCCCUGUCUCUCGGGGAACUCAAUCACUGGGGGUGCAAGGCCGGCCGGAACAGUCAAAGAACAGAGUGAAAGAUGUAUGGCGAUCGGCGGAGACGUUUUGCAAAGGUGCGGUUCUCUUUCAGUCUUCUCUAGUGAAAACGGCAGCUUAACCCAUUUAAAAAGUAGGCUUGUGACCCUUGCCGCAGGAAAAAACUCCGAUGUGAUGGCAUACGACCAGAAUGCACUCGGUGUCAGGCUGGACACCUCUCAUGUCAUUAUGCUGACGUCCGCAAGCCGCAACGUCGCCGUACAAGAGGCUCCUACAUUGAGCGGGCCUAGUGGUAAUUCGGAAUCACAAAUAAUUCCUAAUAGCUCUUUGCAUAUUUCCCCUACCGUGGUAAAUCAACCAGCUUCUCCUGGGACCAGCGCCCUCCAUUCUGCUCCUUCAGCAAACAGCCCUCCAGCAUCCAAUGCAGAUCCCCUCACACCAGCUGCUUGCUCGGCGAGAUCUGAUACAGUGGUGGGCAGCACUGGUGAUAUGAGAUACUUUGGGCCGCCCUCAGGAGUUUCACUUGCGUCCAUCGGUACAGGGCCAAAGCCAGCACCAUGGACUUCAGCCCCCCCUAGGAAUUCUUCUCCAAACGAGUCGUGGUCUGCGUGGACGCACUCAUCUAUGAAAGGUAUAUUUGCAAUGAGCCCAGAGGUUCCCUUGCCGCCAUGGAAAGAAGCUUUCUCCCUCGUAAGCGAGUUUUUCGAUCAAGAACACCAAGCGAUACCUUGUUUCCACCAGCCGAGUUUUAUGACACUAUUAGGACAACAGUAUUCUGGAAAAUUAGAUCGGAACCCUGCUUGGUUCGCGUGUCUAAACUCCGUUCUGGCAAUAUCCCAGCGUCGUCGUGUGGAAAAGGGUCAGGAUCCAUCAGAAAAAGAGAAUCUAUCAUGGAAUUAUGCGGCUAACGCGAUGGGAAAUCUUCUUGAUAUCCUCAUGCGUAACACCCAAUUGCUCUCCGUCCAGGCUCUUUUGUGCAUGGCCUGGUUCUUCGUAGGCACACCGAACCCUCAACCUAGCUUCAUGCUGACAGGGAGUGCCGUGCGAUUAGCUCAUUCCAUUGGGCUUCAUACAAGCUACGAGGAUCAAUCUUGGGAUUCUGUUGAGGUCGAAAUGAGAAGGCGGGUGUUCUGGAUCGCUAUCUCUCUGGAUUCGGAGCUCUGCCUCAGAACAGGCAGGCCUCCUGCCCAUAAUCUCCAUGAUUUCCACGUGGACAUACUAUCAGACAGCUUACACAGCGGCGAUAGUGAUACUAUUGCCAUUUCCGAUGGCUCUUCUCUGAACCUUUUCAACGCACAAUGUCGGUUAGCCACGAUCCAAGGCGAGAUCUACAGAAAUCUCUUUUCAAGCCAUCUACCAUCAACGGACAGAAGUUUGAUGGCCGAAUCUGUUUCACGUCUGACGAAAAAACUAGAAGCCUGGGCUUCUUCAGCUUCUCCAUCUUUCGACAUGAACCAACCCUUGCAGAGGCCUGAACAUCAAGGUCUGAUGCGCUUGUGUUAUGUCUACCACAACUGCGUUAUUGUGACAAAUCGCGGUUUGGGGCUUCAAUAUUGGACAUCGCGUAGCCAAGUAGAUUUUUCUGCUCUGCCUUCGACGGCCAAGGUUUCCAUUCACCGAUGCUUGAAAGCGUCUAGAGCUAUUUUGGGGUUAAAUAUGGUAAUGCCUCUAGGAUGGAGGAGCUACUACUGGGAUGUCAUUGGAAUCAUCUCAGGCGCCGCUAUUAUUCUUUGCAUCAAUGCCAUCCGCCAGCCCGAGGAAGUUAUCGUAGCGGGGGACUUGCGUUCUGUAAGUGCCACAUUGAAGAUACUCGAUCUCUUUAACGAGGAGAAUCCCAAUACAUAUCUUCGCCCUCUUCGAUUGGCGUGUGAGCAUUUGUAUCGAAAAGCCCAACCCGCUACUCAUAGUCAUGUGGGAGAAGUAAGCCCAUCAUCUCAACCCGGCGAUCUCUUUACAAGUGGCGAUGGAGGGCCCUCACUAGACAUCUAUCACGGCUGCGACCGGCAUCGGGCUGAUGACGGGCGCGUUCAAACUCCGAGGGAGCUUCGUAUUGCUGAGGCGGGCUCUGAUUCGAGGGGUCAUUCGAAUUCCCAGUGGGAAUUUACCCCCGAACAACAAUUUAUAUAUCCUUCACUCACCCCAUGGAGCAUGGAUAUGUUAAUGGAUGACUCUUUUCUUAAUUUCUACUAA